AUGGAAUACCAAUCCGGCGGUCGUGGAUGCUUCAACUGUGGCGAAUCCUCUCAUCAGGCACGAGAUUGUCCCAAGAAGGGAACUCCCACUUGUUACAACUGCGGUGGACAGGGACACGUCAGUCGUGAGUGCACCCAAGCUCCCAAGGAGAAGUCAUGCUACCGGUGUGGUAUGACCGGCCAUAUCUCUCGUGAAUGCCCAACCAGCGGAUCUGGUGACAACAACAACUACUCCGGCGGUUACUCUGGCGGCUCUGGUGGUCAGGAAUGCUACAAGUGCGGCCAGGUCGGUCACAUUGCCCGCAACUGCAGCCAGCAGGGCGGUUCCGGAUAUGGCAGCGGUGGCUACGGUAACAGUGGUAGCGGUUCUUACGGCGGCGGCGGCGGCUACGGUGGCCGUUCGCAGACUUGCUACUCCUGCGGUGGAUACGGCCACAUGGCCCGUGACUGCGGUGAAGUUGGCCAUGUCUCAAGAGACUGCCCGACCGAGGCCAAGGGUGAACGUGUCUGCUACAAGUGCAAGCAGGCCGGCCACGUCCAGGCCGCUUGCCCCAACUAA